AUGGCGAGCAUGGACUACUACCGCAAGUCGACGCUGGGCAAGUGCCUGACGGACGCGCUCGACGAGCUCGUGUCCAACGGUACCAUCACGCCCGACCUCGCUGUCCGCGUUAUACUGCAGUUCGAUAAGUCGCUGGUGGAGGCUCUGGAGACCAAAGUGAAGUCUAAAACCAACUUUAAGGGCCACCUGCACACGUACCGGUUCUGUGAGAGCCUGUGGACGUUCAUUCUGACGGACGCGGUGUUCCAGACGGACGGCGAGGUGCAGAUGGUGGAUCGCGUCAAGAUCGUGCUGCUGGGUGCUGCUGCUUUGUUUGUGGCACCUGGGGUGGACGGCGAGGUGGAGAUGGUGGAGAGAGACAAGAACAUGGGUGCUGCUGUGUUUGUGAUGGGGUGGACGGUGAGGUGCAGAUGGUGGAUCGAGUCAAGAUGGUGGCUGCUGACGCUAAGCUCAUCUCCAGAUAGCCCAGUGGCGGAGAGUGGUUGUCGUGCGGUGCGGAUGGGUGCUGUGCCUUGCGAUGGGGUGGGCAGGGGCGAAGUGCAGAUGGUGGAGAGUGGUGAGGAGAUUGUGGUCCAGAUGAUGGUGGAGUAA